UCCUUCUUGACACAAAUUAGACAAAUACUAUGUAGAAGGGCUCAAUGCUUCAAGACGAUAUUGCUCCUUGUCAACAAUAUAAUCCAUGGGUUCGGGCCUGCCAGGUUCAUCAACAACAGUUCCUUUUCCAUCUUUGUACAAAAAUUGAACAUUCACUAUGAUGAAGAUUCCGGUGUAAUC